UUGAGUUUGACAUUUGCAAGAUCUAAGAUCCACACGUGUUUUUUUAUUGAUAAAUUGAAACUUUUGUCGACAAUGGUGCAUAAUUUAUGCUAAAUUGUACAAAAUGAAUGCAAAGAAAAUAUUACAGAAGCCGUCUUUGGCAUACACAAGUAACCAAAAUUACAGCAAACCUCCGAAGACACCUAACCCGCAUCUACAAUGUUUGGGAACACCGCACAUCGAUUCUUUCAACUACAUGGUACAAGAUGGUCUAAAAGCAGCUAUAGCUGAUUUAAUACCAGCAGAAUUUGAAAUGCCAGGUGGUGAAAAGGUCAAAGUUACUAUUGAGGAAGCAGCAUUUGCCAGACCAAGUGUACCCAUAGAGGCGGUGGGAGUGAAAAACCAAAAUGUACUGCCAACUGAAUGCAGACAGAGGGCUGCAACUUAUAAAGGAGACUUCAAGAUACGAUUGUGUUUUGAUGUUGAUGGAAGGUCCAUUGUAAUGGACAGGUCCCUGGGGUGUUUGCCGAUUAUGUUGAAGUCAAAAGUGUGUCACUUGGCGGAUCUAUCACCGGAAGAACUUGUUAAACAUAAUGAACACGCGGAUGAAUGGGGUGGCUACUUUGUUAUAAAGGGUCACGAACGUCUAGCGCGUAUGCUCUUAGUAACGCGACGCAACUAUCCGGUAGCGAUAAAGCGUUCUGGUUGGAGGAUGAGAGGCAACCUCUUCUCAGAGUAUGGCAUCCUGGUACGUUGUGUCAAAUCCGACCAGACAAACACUAACAACGUGUUGCACUUUCUCCAGAAUGGUACAUGUAAGCUCAUGUUCUCACACCGCAAGAUGAUGUACUACGCGCCCUUGAUCCUCAUCAUGAAGUGUUUGGUGGACUGGCAGGAUCACUUCAUAUAUAGACUACUGUUGCAUGGGAAAAAGAACGAUCUGUAUUAUGUCAACUGCAUUCAAAAUAUGUUACGGGAAUUACACGAAGAAGGUCUCCACACGUCGGACGAAUGCCGCUCGUACCUCGGGCGGAUGUUCCGGCCCAAGCUGGCGGACUUGCCGCCCUGGGCCACGGACCUAGAUGCAGCGGACUUCCUGCUCAGGCGAUGCGUUAUGAUCCACCUGCAGGGCUAUAAAGACAAGUUUUAUGCACUCGUGUACAUGGCGCAGAAGUUGUUUGACGUCGUGCAGAAUAAAUGUAAGGUGGAGGGUGCUGAUUCCAUAAUGGUCCAGGAGUUGCAGGUGGGGGGUCACCUGUACCUCCAGGUGUUGAAGGAGCGUCUCCAAACUUUAUUAUACGUAAUCAAGGCAAACCUGAUCAAGCGUGCCAAGACUUCCAAUAAGUUCACCAUAAGUACAAAAGAACUUCAACAAAUUAUCCGAAUGGCAGGCAGCCUAGAGCAGAGAAUGGAAACGUUCCUGGCCACGGGAAACGCGCCUUCUAAUAAUGUCAACCUAGCACAGUACAAGGGUUUGACUAUAGUGGCUGAGAAUAUCAACAGGAUGCGAUACAUGUCGCAUUUCAAGGCAAUCCAUCGAGGAUCGUUCUUCGUGGAAAUGCGUACCACAGAAGCUAGGCAGUUAUUACCGGACGCCUGGGGCUUCGUGUGCCCCGUGCACACUCCCGAUGGAGCCCCGUGCGGCCUGCUGAAUCAUCUAACCGCAUCUGCACAGGUCACUCAACCUCCGGAACCAAAGCAACUAGAAUCUUUACCAUUCGUCCUUGAAAAAUGCGGUAUGGAACCCAUAAGCUCAGUGGCCGAGAGCCAGCUAGCCCACGAUGUGUUCAAGUACCCGGUGUUCAUCGACGGGAGGCUAGUGGGCUACCUGCCCGAGGACUCCGCGGCAAAGUCCACCGCCUACCUGAGGACGCUGAAGGUCAAAGGGGAGGACAUAUCCAUUACCACUGAGAUCGUCCUUAUACCCAAGAAACAGAUAUGUGCCCAAUACGCUGGUGUGUUUCUCUUCACAUCUGAAGCGCGGAUGAUGCGACCAGUCAUCAACCUGUCCACCGGAAUACUGGAGCUCAUAGGCACCAUGGAGCAAGUUUAUCUGGACAUCGCUGUCACUAACUCUGAAAUUAUUCAAGGAAAAACUUCACAUUUGGAACUCUCAAAGUCUGCGUUUAUGAGCAAUUUGGCGCAAUUAGUUCCGAUGCCGGACUGCAACCAGUCUCCACGUAACAUGUACCAGUGUCAAAUGGGCAAGCAAACGAUGGGCACGCCGAUCCAUACCUGGGCAACGAACGCGGAGACCAAGUUAUACCGGCUGCAGACCGGGGCAACCCCCUUGUUCAGACCUCUGCAGCACGACAACCUCUGGUUGGACGACUAUCCCGCCGGCACCAAUGCUAUAUUGGCUGUAAUAUCUUAUACGGGCUACGACAUGGAAGACGCAAUGAUAAUCAACAAAUCGGCGUACGAACGCGGUUUCGCCGCGGGCACGGUGUACAAAUCGAACUUUCUGGAGCUCAAGCACGCGUCGUCAUACUUCUGCCGCGACCCCAGCAAACCGGAGCUGGCUCCGUUCAUCGACGAUGACGGACUGCCGGCCGUCGGAGCGAAGGUUCAGCCGGAAGAUCCAUUUUAUUGUUUCUUUGAUGGCGAAAAGAGUCAGUUCGUAGUAUCGAAGUACCACGGCAAGGAAGAAGUUUUUGUCGACAGCGUGCGCCUGUGCGGAGACUUCUCGCCCAAAACUCCAAGGAAAGCUUGCGUCAUGGUGCGGAUACAGCGUAACCCAACGGUGGGUGACAAGUUCGCCUCCCGCGCCGGACAGAAAGGCAUCUGUUCACAAAAAUGGCCGGCCGAGGACUUGCCGUUCACGGAGUCCGGGCUCAUCCCGGACAUAUUGUUCAACCCGCACGGCUUCCCCUCGCGUAUGACAAUCGCCAUGAUGAUCGAGCUGAUGGCGGGCAAAGCCGCGUGCUUGCAUGGGCACGUCCACGACGCAACUCCGUUCCGCUUCAACGAGAAGGACACGGCUAUCAACUACUUCGGGCGCUUGCUCGAGGCGGGCGGCUACAACUACUACGGCACGGAGCGGAUGUACAGCGGAGUGGACGGCCGGGAGAUGACUGCUGACAUCUUCUUCGGGCUGGUUCAUUACCAGCGGCUCAGGCAUAUGGUGUCUGACAAGUGGCAGGUGCGAACGACUGGUGCGGUGGACGCGUUGACCCGCCAGCCCGUGAAGGGCAGGCGUCGCGGUGGCGGUGUUCGUUUCGGAGAGAUGGAGCGAGACGCGCUCAUCUCGCACGGCGCCGCCUUCCUCAUGCAGGACAGGUUGUUCCACUGCUCCGAUAAGAGCGAGGCAAUAAUUUGCACGAAAUGCGGGACUCUCCUCGGUCCGAUAGCUGGCAACACUGACGGAGAUAAAGACACGUGCAGACUGUGCGGCGACGGCGACCUCCACAGCAUCUCCAUACCGUUUAUAUUCAAGUUCUUCGUCACGCAACUCGCCUCUGUUAAUAUUAAUGUUAAGAUCAACUGCGGCACGGGCACGGCUGUUAAUAGUUGCUAGUGAAGUUUAUGUCCAUUUAUAUGUAACUAAGGUAUGAACAUGUAAUUAGAAUUUAUAUAAACAAUUGAAUAUGUA